GCCCCCGCGGCCGCUCCGCCCGCGCCCCGCGGGCACCGGACGCCUCGGCGGGGAGCGCGCAGCAGAAUCCAGUGUGGUUCCUAUGAAGGAAAGCCAUCAGUGGUGAUGCUCCAGGACAGCUCUCACGUGAGGGUCCUCCACAGGAAGGGCAGCUCUGCACUCUGAUGGGUGAGGACACCAGCUUGGUGACAGGAGCUCCCAAGAGCGGGCAGGAUGAGUUACAGCUCACCCUCUGUGCACGACUUGUAUCACAGCACCCCCACCACAGCCAGGCCAGACCCAGGGACAGCUCUGGAUGUGACUGUGCCAGAAACAGCCACCAUAAGCCCUGAGACUACCAGCUUCAACAGCACCAAAAUCCCAGAUGUGGCCAGCACUGGAGCCGGCAUGAGCACGAUGCUGCUGUCCUUUGGGAUCAUUACUGUGAUUGGGUUGGCUGUUGCUAUGGUUCUGUAUAUCAGGAAGAGGAAGAGGUUGGAGAAGCUACGGCACCAGCUGAUGCCCAUGUACAACUUUGAUCCCACUGAGGAACAGGAUGAACUGGAGCAGGAGCUGUUGGAACAUGGGCGAGAUGCAGCAUCUUCCCAGGCAUCACAGAGCAAGGUGCUGCUGGCCGGCCAGGGAGCCGUGCAGAGACCCAGCCGCCUCGUGUUCACCGACGUGGCCAACGCCAUCCACGCGUGACAGCACCUGCCCCGCGCCGAGGA